CUCCGGUACAGUUCCACACACCUGUUCUGCUCAGAGACAGACAGAUGAUUUACCUCAGCUUCUCCAUCUAAAAUGGCUUUAUCUGGAUUACCUGCUAAAACCGGGCUGCUGCUGGGACUGUGUGUGCUGUGGCUGUGUUGUGCUUCCACUGCGGGAGAGGCCAGCUGCAAACUGAAGGCCAAGUUCAACCUGAAUGGAUACAAGAAUGUGGAGAAGAAGAAGGUGGUUAUAGGGGGGAUGUUUGCUGUGCACAACCGGCUGAUUUCCUCUGAUAGCAACACUUCGUCUGUGCCUGUGUCAUCUGGCUGUGAGUGGUUUAAUUUCCGAACCUUCCGCUGGACGCAGACGAUGCUCUUUGCCAUCAAUGAAAUAAACGAGCGGAACGACCUGCUGCCCAACACAGAUCUGGGCUACGUCAUCUACGACUCCUGCUUCACCAUUUCCAAGGCAGUAGAGGGCACUCUGACCUACCUGACUGGGCAGGACGAGGCCGUACCCAACUACCGCUGUGGGAACGGGGCUCCACUGGCGGCUCUGGUCGGGGCCGGCGGGUGUGACCUGUCCAUCGCUACGGCUCGAAUCCUCGGACUCUACUAUUUCCCACAGGUGAGCUACUCGUCCUCGUGCUCAGUGCUGGAGAGCCGGUUCCAGUACCCCACCUUCCUGCGCACCAUUCCCAGUGAUGAGCACCAGUCAGUAGCCAUGGCUCAGCUGGUGCUGCGCUUCGGCUGGACUUGGGUAGGCACCAUCGCAUCAGACGACGACUACGGCAAGUACGGCAUCAAGCGCUUCAAGGAGGUGGUGGAAGAAGCGGGCGUGUGCAUCUCUUUCUCCGAAGUUCUGCCCAAGUUCACCUCGCCCGAGAGCAUCCAGCGGAUUGUGCGCACCGUCACCGAGUCCACGGCCAAGAUAGUGGUGGUCUUCUCCUCCGACGUAGACCUGAGCCCCCUGAUAGGGGAGCUGGUCCGCAACAACGUCACCAACCGUACCUGGAUCGCCAGCGAGUCUUGGGUCACCUCGGCCCUUGUUGCCAGCCAGCCUGACAUCCACUCGGUCUUGGGCGGCACCCUUGGAUUUGCCAUCCAGCGAGCGGAAAUCCCGGGCCUGCAGGAGCACCUGCUCAAGAUUGACCCCUACCAGGAUGCACUGACUGAGGAGUUCUGGGAGACGGCCUUCAACUGCACGCUCAGUUACAGUAAAGCCCUGAGAAACACCCGGUCUCUGAGGGCAUCAAGAGAGGCUGGGAACGGGACAGGAUCCCAAGCAUCUGUCAGAGGAACACCGGACGGCUUGUGCUCCGGCAAGGAGAAGCUGCAGUCGCUGAGCAGCACAUACUCAGACGUGUCCCAGCUGAGGCUGACCUAUAACGUAUAUAAGGCCGUGUAUGCUGUGGCGUAUGCUCUGCAUAACCUGGAGUAUUGCAUGCCCGGAAAAGGACCUUUCCAGGGUGGUUCUUGUGCUAACAUCUCUAAUUUUGAGCCGUGGCAACUGAUGUACUACUUGAAGAACCUGCGCUUUAAUGUUCCUCACACCGGAGAGGAGAUAUUCUUUAACGAUGGUGAAGUGACGGGAUUUUACGAGAUUCUGAAUUGGCAGAGGAAUUCUGACGGCAGCGUGAAGUAUUCCCAUAUCGGAUUCUACAACAGCACAGCACCUGCUGGAGAAAAGCUGACCAUCGACAACACCUCCAUCAUCUGGAAUAACGAUGUGCUGCAGACUCCACGCUCUGUGUGCAGUGAGAGAUGCCAGCCCGGGACCAGGAUGGGUAUCAGGCAGGGGGAGCCCGUCUGCUGCUUCGACUGUAUCCCCUGUGCAGACGGAGAGAUUUCCAACACUACAGAUGCCAGAGGUUGCAUUCAGUGUGAAGAAGACUACUGGUCCAAUGCCAACCGAGACGCCUGUGUCGCAAAAACCAUCGAGUUCCUGGACUUUGGAGAGGCUCUGGGCAUCACUCUGAUUGCCAUUGCUGUUUUCGGGGCACUUUUGACCGUAGUAGUGGUUGUUGUCUUCCUGAUGUACCUGAACACGCCAUUGGUGCAGGUCAAUGACCCGCUGCUCAGCUUCACCCUGCUGCUGGGGCUGGUGAUCACCUUCCUGUGCUCCAUUGUGUUCCUGGGAGAGCCAAGGCCCUGGUCCUGCAUGACCAGCCAGGUGGCGCUAGCGGUCGGUUUCGCCAUCGUCCUCUCGUCCCUCAUGGGUAAAUCCGCUCUGCUGAUGCUCAGGGCAAGGGCUGUGAAGGCCGCCAAAGCUGCAGCCAAGGCGGCCAAAGAAGCGGCGGCUGCGUCUGAGCAGAGCCCGGACACAACUGUCAUCGCACCAGCGCCCCCACCCAAAAACGACAUCGACCCUAUCAAACCCAGCCAGCAGAGGAUAAUGAUGAUCAUCUGCACGCUAAUCCAAGCUGUAGCUUGCACCGUUUGGUUGAUCCUGCUCCCGCCACAUCCAGUGAAGAACACAGCGGCCCAGAACAUCAAGAUCAUCCUGGAGUGUGACCCGGGCAACAUCAUCUUCAUCUGCAGUGUGUUCGGCUACGACGUCCUGCUGGCGCUCAUAGCAUUCAUGUUUGCCUUUGUGGCACGCAAGCUGGAGGACCACUUCAGUGAGGGCAAGUGCGUGACCUUCGGCAUGCUGGUGUUCUUCAUCGUCUGGAUCUCCUUCGUGCCUGCUUACCUGAGCACUCGAGGCAAGUUCAUGGUGGCGGUGCAGAUCUUCGCCAUCUUGGCCUCCAGCUUCGGCCUCCUGAUGUGCAUCUUCCUCCCCAAGUGCUAUGUGUUGCUGGUCAAACCCGAGAGGAACAAGGAGGAGAUGAUGAUAACCAGGCCCAAACUCCGCGACUCCAAGACCACCGGUGCAUCUGCUUCAUCUGCUUCACUCUCCACAGAAGCCAACGGUAAUGGCACCACCAUCUCCACAGUAUCAGUGGACGACUGACAGUGACUCUAACCUCCUUCUAUCAUCAUAUUCGCACAGAAAAGAUAGAAGAAACUGUAUUUCUGCCUCUAAUAUAACCUGGGACCUCAUUUAGUCAGCAUGGUAGGCUAUUAAACACAUCGACUAGGAUGUAAAAGAACACGACAAGAAAGCGUGUUUAAAAUGACUAGGUUGCUUCUCAGGGAUGAUCAAAUGAGUAAUGCACUUCCUUGAUGUCUGUAAAUCAGUCUAACACUGUGGUGACCAACCCUACUUCUGGAGAUCUACGUUCCUGCAGAAUUCAACUCAAGCCCAAAUCUUACAUGCCUAAUUUAAAGGAACAAUCAGUGAUAAAUGUGAGCGAAAGCCCCAAUCACUACUCUCCAGAUGCGAAGCUUACAAUCUGGGUUGCCAGAUUGACACAGUGGCAAGCUACGAUAAGUCUUACUCUGUAGCUGAUCAGUGAAUAUAUACGUUUGCAAUGUGUCUACUGUGUGUAAAUUACCUUGCUAUGGUCAGCAACCUUACUGAAGAUCAGUGAUUACCUGUUUAGCAGAACAGGCUCCAGCACACUGCUGUCUGCUGUGCUGUUGUCUAUACCUGGCAGCCCAGUUGUUGGAAAUGGGAAUGGGGGUCCGCACCAAUGUUUUUGUGUCUUUGUUAGAUUGUGUGCAUUUGGUCAACCUAUACUUCUAUUAAUUGGUUGGAAGAAUGUUAGUAGAAAGUUGGUUUGCCAGGUGUUGUGAUGAAUCCGACUCAUCUUCACGUAUACUCAGGUACACUUUAGGAUGUUUUAUGGCAUUGGGCUCUGCCAGCUUGCAAAAGGAUAUGACUAUACAUUAUUAGAAGCGCUGAGUGGUCUAUCACUAUGAUCACAGCUUCACCAUCAGCAGCCAGAAUCUGAGAGAGCACUAAUGGCCCUUUUUUACCACUCUAGAGAUCACUUUACUGAUGCUUUUUCAACCAUACCCAAGCCCACCAAUGCAUGUAGAAUUAUCUGGUGAUCUAGCUCAGAUGUUUUCAGUCAAGGUUGAGAGUUAACUCACCAAGAAGGUAGAUCUUCAGGAGCAGUGACUUGUGGCUACCAACAAUCAAACAAAAGCCCCAUGUAUUUGUACAACUGCACAGAUAAACUAUUGGCUCAUGUCCAAAUUCCUACCUUUGCAUUUCUUCUACAAAAGCAGAACUUUAGUUUUUCUAUCGUACACUCAUUAACAAAAACAUAACGCACAAAGAUGUUCAUUGUUGGCAUGGAAUGAAUCGUUAUAUGUGUCAAUGUAAUAAUGAUUUAUGUAAGUCAUUACACUAUUAAUAUUAGAGCGAAAGGAUGCAUUUAUUUGGAAAUCAUGCAUAUCCAGUAUGGCAUCCUGUGGCACAUUUGCCCACAGAUGUUGCAGCUGGGCCUGUAGAUUCUGCACACUCCCAACUGUACCAAUAAAUUAUUGAUUGGCAAUGAAUCUGGUGACCAAGCAUCCAAGAAAGUGAUGCAAUCUGGCAAAGACAUUCCUGGGAAACCUUUGCGAUGUGUGGGUGAGCAUUAUCCUGCUGAAAGCUGGGGGGACCUACUAGGGGGGACCUACUGUCGAAUAUGAUGACUCCCUAGAUAAUCACACCAGCAGUUGGGGCAGUGUGUCACUCCACAGCAAAGGCAAGUUUGAAGUGCUUAUAAAUGAUUAUGAAGAUUCCAUACUCAAACCCAACCACUGUUGGGUCCAAAACAUAACCUGAAUUUAUGGCUAAAGACAAUAAGGUUCUAGGCCAUAUCAGUCCAGGGUUUUUUUUUCAUGAAACCACCGCUGGUUCAAUGACACACCCUAUUUUAAAGUCUGUAAAAUAGGCAAACUAUCUUUGAGUGCAUCAAGGAAGCAUGUCUAGCAGUCAGUGAUCUCUCACCAAGAGGUACACUACCCAAAUGCAGCCUCUGAGAGCUUCUUUUAUAGGGCAGUGAGUGGUAGAAAACCCUUUUGUGGCAAGACUUAGUGUCUAAUCACAUAAUAUUUGUAAUCAUUUGGGCUCUGAGUAGUCCAGCGGACUAAGGUGCUACCACUAUGAUCAGGAGAUCGCUGGUUCGAAUCCCAUUUAUGCAGCUUGCCAUCAACUGCCAGACCCCUGAGAGAGCCCAAUUGAUCUUGCUCUCUCUGGGUGGGUAGAUGGUGCUCUCCCUCCCUACAUCACUCCAAAGGGUGAUGUUGAUCAGCACAAGGCAUCUGUGAGCUGAUGUAUCAGAACCAAUUCGCUGCGCUUUCCUCCGAGAGGGCUGUGAUGCUACUCGGCAAUGCUGCAUCAACAGCAGUUUGAAAAGAGGCGGUGGCUGAUUUCACAUGUAUCGGAGGAGGCAUGUGCUAGUCUUCACCAGGGGGAGUCCAUAUGAGUGGGUUGGCUAAUUGUUCUUGUACAUUGGGGAGAAAAUGGGAUAAAAAUAAAUAAAUAAAUACAUAAAUUGUAAUAAUUUACAUAUCUGAAAUCUGGCGUGCGUUAUUAUUUACUUUUUGUUAAUGAGUGUAUUUAUUGGAUUAUAUUUUUAUGAAACAAAUGUAAAUGACAUGAUGAUUCUCAUUUGAAUGUAUGAUACUUAUUUUCCAUUUUUACAAGCAUGUUCAGAUAUAUAAAUAUUUAGAGCUGCAAUAUAUUAUACAUUGUUUUGUAUACAUUAUUUGCUACUGGCUUUCAUUACAGACAAAAAAUAAAGUCAUGAUAAUA